GAGGUCGCCGUCUGUCCUAUAUAAUAAGAACUCGGCACUGAAGCGCUUACAACCAGACACAAUCUCACGCCGCCAACACCCGCCAACACAAAGCCUCACAACGGCAGAACCCAGCUGGUCAGACUCCGGAGUCAGUUUGCGCGGCCGCAGCGGACUAGCAAGUUCGCUACAUCCCCCAGUGAUUGUGACAGUGUGAUAGACCGUCAUCAUGAAUAGCUAUUUAAAAAUCGCGUUAGUUCUAUGUGCGUGUGUGAUGCUGACAUCCGCGCAGUAUAACUUCGGUUUCUCCGACGGUUAUUUCGCGAAUUCUUUCGGCGGUGGUUAUAAUACCCUGUCCGCUUCAUCGCGGGACCCUAGAGCUAAUACAGGGCCCGUAGUAUUCCCCCCCUCACCACCCGGGGACUCUUCCCAAACCAGUGGCGUGGUCCCUGGAGCGUCUGGCUAUGGCUUCCAACCUCCAGGCUUUCAAGGUAUACCAAGAUACUUCUACAGCAGAUAUUUUGGAAGAAGAUAAAACUUAAGAAAGGCCUUGCAACUAAUAAUUCGGACCCCUCUUAGUACUUGUAUAAAUAUAUGUACAAUACAUCCACUUAUUUACUUAAUUACAUUUAAAUUAGUAAAAAAAACCAUGUAAAUAUUAUGAUAAAUCUGUGAUAAAACUGAAAAGGAUGUCCCAGUGUUGUAUAAUAUCUUAACUUAGCUAAUUAUAUAAUAAGGACCAAAAGAAACAAUAAUUUAUCAUUGUUAGGCAUCUUUAAACAAUCUCAGUAAAAAUCCAACUAGUUUUAAAGUUGCUUAAAACAAUUCAAUAAGAUGUUUUAAAUUGUAAAGGCGGAUUAUCUUAUAUCACUUUAAGUACAUACGCUUUGACGAUCAAUUAAAACUAAGCACUUUUUAAAUACCUGAUUCCAUUAAACAGGAUUUAAAGUUUA